CUGAUGGAAAUCAUCUCAUGCAUGUAUACAUAUAUAUAUAUAUAGAUAUAGAUCGAUUCGAUCCAUCGAUCAGUCAUCAUCUUCUAAUAUAAGUUGUUCAAAUGAGAAUCGUGACUCGAUUUAUUCCAUCUUAUCUUGGCUCUUAAUUCUCUAGUCACAUAUUUAAUUUCCAUCUGACUAAUUUGGUCGUCGGAGCCUCUUACAGAUCAUGCAUGUCUUGCCAUUUCUUUGUCUGAACUUUUAGCUCUCUUCGAAUUAUCCUUUUUCUUUUGUCUUUUCCUCUGUUUUUACAAAACCGAGUUAAAUUUUCGGUUGGUAAGUGAAUUUUCUAACAACUAGACUUUAUAUUCGUUUCUAAAGACUUGUGCAGUACUAAAACCCUGGGCUGUCGCAAAAACUUCCGGUAAUGGCCGAGGUUGGCUGUCCAAACGAAGAUGGAUUUAAAGCAUCAGAAUCAACAGAGAAGUUGUCCACCAGCGACAAGAAGAACCAACUUGCCGAGAAACUUCCAUACUACAAGCUGUUCGCCUUUGCAGACUGUGUUGACUGUGCGCUAAUGAUCAUCGGUGUAAUAACUUCCAUUGGGGCCGGUCUAUGCUUGCCUCUAAUGACUCUUUUGUUCGGACAGUUGGCUGAUUCUUUCGGACACAACACGACCACUUCAAGAGUUGUCGAGGAAGUAUCAAAGGUAUCUUUGAAGUUCGUUUAUCUCGCCUUGGGAUCAGGCAUCGCGACAUUCUCACAGGUGUCAUGUUGGACGAUCACCGGCGCAAGGCAGGCUGUCCGAAUCCGAAACUUAUACCUAAAAGCUAUACUAAGGCAAGACAUCGGAUACUUUGACAAGGAGACACAUACGGGUGAAAUCAUCGACCGAAUGUCGAACGACACGAGCGUAAUCGAAGACGCCAUGGGUGAGAAGAUAGGAAAAUUUCUGCAGCUCUCAGCAUCAUUCUUAGGAGGCUUCAUAAUAGCUUUCAUAAGAGGAUGGCUUCUUACACUAGUCUUAAUUUCUGCAAUCCCUCUGCUCAUCGUGUCCGCCGCCUUCAUGACGGUCUUAAUGGCUAGGCUGAUGUCGCGAGUACAGGCCGCCUACUCGGAGGCGGCUUCCGUCGUCGACGGGACGAUCGAUUCUAUCAGAACAGUUGCGUCGUUUACGGGGGAGGACCGAGCUGUUGCUCGAUACAACGAGACAUUGUACAAAGCUUACAAAGCCGGUGUGUCGGAGGGGUUGGCUGCCGGAAUGGGUUCAGGUGUGUUCAUGUUGGUUUUGUUCUGUAGCUACGCAUUGGCGAUAUGGUUCGGGGCUAAAAUGAUCAUCGACAAAGGGUACUCGGGAGGCGCCUUCUUGAACAUAGUUAUGUCCGUUUUGCUGGGUUCGUUCUCGUUCGGGCAAAUAUCGCCAUGCUUAGCUGCAUUCGGGGCUGGCCAAGUCGCCGCCUUUAAAAUCUUCGAAACAAUUGUUAGGAGACCGGAGAUCGACCCUUACGCCGAAGAUGGACGCGAGCUUGAAGAUUUUCGUGGUGAUAUCGAACUAAAGGAUGUGACUUUUAGCUACCCAUCUCGACUGAACGAGCGAAUAUUGCACGAGUUUUCUCUUUCGGUACCGGCGGGAACAACGUUAGCGUUGGUCGGAGAGAGUGGAAGUGGCAAGUCGACGGUGAUCAAUCUCGUCGAGAGAUUCUACGAUCCACAAUACGGCCAAGUAUUGAUCGAUGGCGUUAAUAUCAAAGAUCUUCGAUUGCGGUGGAUACGAGGAAAUAUCGGGUUAGUAAGUCAAGAACCGGUGUUGUUAGCCUCGACCAUCGGAGAAAACAUCGCGUACGGGAAGGAUUUCGCGUCGCCGGAGGAAAUUAGAGUCGCCGCGCGACAUGCCAAUGCCGCUAACUUCAUCGAUAAGUUCCCCGAGGGACUCGACACGAAAGUAGGCGCGAAUGGAACUCAAUUAUCCGGUGGACAAAAACAACGAAUAGCGUUAGCACGAGCAAUUUUAAAAGACCCUCGGAUUCUCCUCCUUGACGAAGCUACAAGCGCGCUCGACGCCGAAUCAGAACGAGCCGUGCAAGAGGCGCUCGAGACAGUAAUGAUCGGUCGAACAACGAUCGUCGUAGCUCAUCGCAUUAGCACAAUCAAGAAUUCGGAUGCCAUCGCCGUUAUAUGUCGCGGUAGAAUUGUGGAAAAAGGUUCACCAUCGCAGUUGCUACAAAAUCGCGAAGGCACAUACAACAAACUCGUGCGACUACAAGACAACGACGACAAGGCGCCGAUACAAAGUUCGAACAAGGAUCUCGAUCGUCGGGAGAUCGAUGCAAACUCUCGGAGGCAUUCGAGCCAUCGAAUCUCGUCGUUACGCUCUACGAGUCGAGGAUCGUCCUCAGAAUUGGGAUACAGUCAUCACGAGUCGCAUCCAAUACCAACCGAUGAGCCAUGGGGCGAAAGAAAACCCGAAACUUCAUCGAACUCCCGGGAGAUGAAUAAAGCAAGGCUUUAUCGACUAGCUUACCUUAGCAAACCGGAGAUUCCCGAGCUUCUUCUAGGAUCUUUGGCAGCGAUCAUCAAUGGCGCGAUACUCCCCCUUUUCGGCCUCCUCUUCGCCAGCAUCAUUCGGACAUUGUACAAGCCACCUCAGGAGCUUCAAAAGGAUGCGAGAUUUUGGGCAUGUAUGUUCGUCGCCCUUGGCGUCGCCUCGCUUCUGGCGACACCGCUGAGGACUUAUUUCUUUGCCGUUGCGGGAUGCAAGUUGAUCAAACGGCUACGGCUAAUGUGCUUCAAGAAAGUUGUGCAUAUGGAGAUAGGGUGGUUCGACAGGCCCGAGAACUCGAGCAGCACAGUUGGGGCGCGGCUCUCGACGGAUGUCAAAUCCGUAAGAAGUCUGGUUGGAGAAUCGCUCGCGUUGCUUGUGCAAAACUUCGCGACAGCCGUCUCCGGUUUGAUCAUCGCUUUCGGCGCAAGUUGGGAGCUCUCCCUUAUUGUCAUAGUCAUGUUGCCUCUCAUUGGACUCAAUGGCUAUCUUCAUAUGAAGUUCUUGGCUGGUUUCAGUGCUGAUUCGAAGAAACUAUACAAAGAUGCUACUCAAGUUGCGAGCAAUGCCAUUGGGAGCAUUCGAACGGUGGCCUCAUUUUGCGCCGAGGAGAGAGUGAUGAAAUUGCACGAGAAAAAGUGCGAAGGUCCGAUGAAGAUAGGGAUGAAGCAAGGAUUGACAAGCGGAGCUGGUUUCGGAAUUUCGUUGUUCUUCUUAUACUCAGCGUAUGCGAUUAGCUACUACGCCGGGGCUCGCCUUGUCGAGGCCGGAAAGAUGAACUUCGGCGAAGUUUUUCGGGUCUUUCUUGGCCUCAGCAUGACAGCUGUCGGAAUCUCCCAGUCGAGCGCCUUGGCUCCGGAUUCCGGCAAGGCGCACGCCGGUGCAGCCUCGGUUCUAUCACUACUCGACCAUCCUUCGUCGAUAGAUUCUUCAGACAAAUCGGGAACAACUCUAGAUAAUGUCGAGGGGAACAUCUCCUUCAUCAAUGUUAGCUUCAGCUACCCGGCGCGGCCUGAUGUCGAAAUAUUCGACAACUUAUGCCUGGAAAUUCAUUCCGGCCAGACAGUGGCAAUAGUCGGUGAAAGCGGUUGCGGGAAGACGACAAUCAUAUCGUUGUUGCAGCGAUUCUACGACCCGUGUUCGGGGCAAAUCGCACUCGACGGUCUCGACAUACGGAAGCUAAAUUUGAAGUGGCUGCGCCGGCAAAUGGGGCUGGUGAGCCAAGACCCGGUGCUGUUCAACGACACGAUCCGGAUGAACAUCGCGUACGGGAAGGACGGUGAUGCCACUGAGGCCGAGAUCGUCGCCGCCGCCGAGCUGGCCAAUGCUAGUAAAUUCAUCAAUGCUAUGGACAAUGGCUAUGAAACGGUUGUCGGGGAACGAGGUAUACAAUUAUCCGGCGGGCAAAAGCAACGGGUGGCGAUCGCGCGGGCGAUAGUGAAGGCGCCGAAGAUUCUUUUGUUGGAUGAAGCGACGAGCGCGCUGGACGUGGAGUCGGAGAAGGUGGUUGAGGAGGCGUUGGAGCGGGCGGCGGCUGCGGAUAGGACGACGAUAGUGGUGGCGCAUCGGUUGUCGACGAUCAAGAGUUCAGAUAGCAUAGCAGUGAUUAAGGAUGGAAGGAUUGCAGAGAAAGGGAGCCAUCAUAGUUUGAUGAAGAAGAAAGGGAUUUAUGCCUCUUUAAUCACACUUCAUGCAACUAAUUCUUGAUCAAAAUUUAAGGUUUUUUUUUUCUUAAAAAAAAGGAAAAUUCCCUUUGAAUAUGAGAAUAGUCUAUAGGUUGAUGUGGAUGAGUAUAUGCAAUAACUCAAAAAAAAAGGAAAAAAAGAAAAAAAACAGGUGUUUGUGUGUGGGGGGUUGGUGGAGGGGUUUGGGAGGGGGUGAUUUGGAUGUGGGCUUUUUAAUUGAUACGUGUGUUGG